AUGAACAAUUUAGAAAAAAUUUUCUACGCGGGUCCCGUAACAUCCUUAUGUUUUCAUAAUGACAUAAUAUUAUUGUCAGGUCAAGGUCCUUAUUUAAAAGCCUUUUAUGUUCCGACUGGCAAAUUAUUAUUUAGUUAUCCUAUUAUAGAAUACUGGAGAAUAUAUCGAAUUGUACCAGUUAGGUCUGUAAAGAAAGAAAUAAUUGUAGAUAAAAUCAAUACUGCUGGUGAGCCAUGUUAUAUUAAUAUUAUCAAAGAGCAAAGAUUAUUGGCUAUAUAUGGAUCAAAAACUAUUCAAUUUGUUAAUUUAAAUAUAAAUUAUUUUAUGGAUAGUCACGAACUACCUAAAAUUUCAAUUUCUCUUGAGUCGAGAUUGUCGCCUUUAAGAGAUUGGAUUCAUGAUGUCAACUGGUUGUAUGACAACUUGGACAAUUCAAUGUUUACACAUACUAAAUCUAGAGACGAUGUUGAAUCCACAAUUUUUGAAAAUAAUCCGAGAGAUUUAGCAAUAGCUUUUGCUCAUAAUUUUGUUGAAAUUUGGAAUAUCCAAAAUAAAGUUUGCGUUUAUUCCAUACAAUGCGAAGAACGUUGCAUAUUGUAUUCUGCGAGAUUCUUUGGUGAAACUCGGAAUGAGUUGAUAUUGGCAUCUGGCACAGUAUUUAAUCAAGUUCAUUUGUGGGACGUUAUGAAGAAAAAUGAAUCCGGAGAUGGGUUUGUAUAUAAAAAGCUCCUUGGACAUGAAGGUGUCAUAUUUGGAGUAAGAUUCAGUGAAGAUGGAAAAACUCUAGCCUCAGUAUCAGAUGAUAGAACCGUUCGUAUUUGGAAGACUGAUAAGAAUGACAACUCCAAUCCUCGGGUGUUAUAUGGACAUACGGCACGUGUUUGGGAUGUUCAUAUCAUGAAUGAUUAUCUCAUCAGCAUCUCGGAGGAUUCAACAUGUCGAGUCUGGAAAAAUUCAAUAGAUUCAAAUGACAUUGAUGAUGUAGAUUGUAUUGCUUGUUGGGAAGGUCAUGUUGGAAAGAAUGUUUGGAGUUUGGCAAUUAAUCCUUCCAAGAAAAUCGUUGCUACAGGUGGUGGAGAUUCUGGAAUUCGUUUAUGGUCGCUUCUUACGGUUACAAAUAAUAAAAUAGAUUCUGAUAAGGAUUUAAUCAAAAUCGAAUUACCGCCAAUUGUUUCAUAUGUCGGUUUAGAAGAAAAUGGACAUCCGGCUAGAGAACACGUGAGAAAUUUUGUGCUUGUUGAUUAUUGUACUAUUGUGAUAGCGACUAAUUACGGAUAUAAUCAUGAAAAAAAAGAGUGGUUAUCAUUGUAUAAUUCAAAGGACCUACAAAAUUAUACAAUGAUGAAAGCUUCAACAUGUGGGAGAGUUGUAUGUUGCGGUAGUAUUAAUGGACAAGUGUUUGUUACAAGUGUGAAUCAGAAGUUUCAGACUAUAGAGAAGAAAUUGCAUCAAUUUAAGAUAUUUGAAAUAUUUUUGGAGGAAACUAAAGAUCCUGAUAUUUUAUAUGUGGUUUCCCAUGCAAUUCAUAACGAUAUAUAUUUGUUAAAAUUAGAUUUGAAUUGUAUGGCUGAUUCAGAACCUGUUUUUGAAAUCUUGUAUAAACUCUCUGUACCACCACGAUUUCUUUUAAUGUCUCUCUCGUUCUGUACAUCAUACGAUCUAUUAAUAUGCGGAUCACGCGAAAGCGGGUUAUCUAUCUAUAGCUUCCAUUCAUAUUGUUUGUCCUGUAAAGAAGAAUCUGUAAGAGAAAUAUCUCCGAUUAUAUAUUUAAAGGAAGCACAUGGAAAACAAGCUGUGACAUCUGUUGUUUUAAGAAUGGAUAAAUCGGAACGUAAUGAUGACAAAGAUAACGAAGAGGUAUUAACAAUAUAUACUUCAGGAAGAGAUGGAGGAUACAACAAGUAUAGACUCCGAGGUCUGUCUUCAAAAGAUACUAGAAAAGAAUUAAAGACAAUAGAAAUUGAUGUUGAAUUAUUAAAAAAUGAUAGACCUGGAUCAUUAAAAAAAUGUGGUGAUGAGCUUUGUGAAGAUGCAGAUAGAGAAGAUGAAAUCGGCUGUGAUAAUGUUUCAAAAAAAUCAUCAAAGAAAGAAUUGGUUUCAGAAGACGGAUUGAUUUUAGAAAAAGUAUAUAGAGCAAAGAUUACCAAGGGUUGGUUAGAGAAAGUAAUUUUUGUAGAUGAUGAGCUUAUGUUAUUAGGAUUUUAUCGGAAAAGAUUUUUUGUAUAUAAUGAAGACAAGAAAUUCGAGAUGUUUUCGGUUGCGUGUGGAGGAGCACAUAGGACGUGGCAUUUUAAAGCUAAAGACAAAAGAAUGGACAAGUCAAGCUUCACGUUUAUCAGAAAAGAGAAUAAAGUUCGGCAAAUAAUGAAGGAUUUGACAAAUGCAAAUUACAAGAAAAUUAUCACGGAAGGGAGUGUAGAAUUAUUAACGUAUCCGUUGAAAAUUGAUUUAGGAAGGGACCAAAUGUUCGAUAAUCCAAUACUAUUUGCCACAGGAGCAGAAGACAGUUUAUUAAGGCUUUUUCAAUAUAUGCCCGGUGAGAUAGAAAAUCAUUUGAUUGGUUUGUGCAGCAUAAAGAAGCAUACAUCUGUGAUUAGAAGUAUAGAGUGGAGUUAUGGAAAUGAAUUGUUACUAUUUUCAAGUGGAGCUGGUGAAGAAUUAAGAUGUUGGAAAGUUGAGGCCGGUCUUGAACGCGGUCAACCAGAAAGCAAUUCUUCAUCAAUACCAUUAAUAAAUAUAAAUUGUUUAGAAUGGUCUUAUUGCCCAGCUGUUAGUAAAAUUCCAGAAACUAGAAUUAUGGAUAUUUCUGUUUGUCCAAUUAGCCCAUCAAGGGGAUUACAUGUUAUUGCUGCUGUGUAUUCUGAUUCUGUAUUAAGAAUAUGGCUAUUCGAUGAGAAAAAAAGAAAUUUUUUCUUGAUAGGAGAAGCCAAAUUUCAUACGAAUUGUAUUUUACAAGUUCAGAAUUUAGUCGUUCCAGCAAAAUUACCAGUGGAAAACCCGAAACAAACUUCAAAUACUUUUUGUGGAAUUGUUUUAUUUACUUCUGCAACAGAUGGAAGGGUUGCUAUUUGGGACAUAUCUGGACCCAUUUUUAGUUACUUGGAUUCCUAUAACAAAAAUGACGAGACAGACAUCAAAUUUAAUUCACAAGAUUUGGGUGUGCCAAUUUAUUCCUAUCAAGCUCAUCAAUCUGGGGUAAAUUGUCUUGCAAUACAUCCAAUGUUUAAUUGUGAUAAUAGAUAUAUAAUUGUAACGGGUGGGGAUGAUAACGCGCUCUCAAUCGCUUAUAUCGACAUUUUAUGGAAUAUAAUGGAUGAUGACGAAAGGAUGCAUUUGAUAAUUAAACCUAAUGGUAAAGAGAUCAUGAAAAUGGAAAUGGCGCAUGGAUCAUCCAUUCAAGGUGUUCAUAUGUUAAGUGAUACAAAGAUACUGAGCACGUCACUAGAUCAAAGAUUGAAUUUAUGGGAAGUAGAUUUUUGCAUACCAGAUGAGAUGGAUAAUGCAAAAGAUAAGAUCGAUAUAUAUGAAGGGUUAAAAUUAGUUAAAUCGGAAUUUGUAGAUGUUUGCGAUCCGAAUUCAAUGGACAUUCUUAACAUUAAUGGUUACGUUAAUGUGGCAAUUGCUGGAAUUGGCAUUGAGAUAUUUAAAAUAAGAUAA